GGAAACCUUGAUGUAAGGCAAUGUUUAAUCGUUCACGUCAUGAUGUUAAUUACAACUAAUAUGAUAUUUUCCUUCUCUUUGUAUUUUUAUAUCAAUAUGGUACAAGAUUAUAGUAUUUAAAUCAGUGUGAUAAACGAGUUAGGUCAAAAAUAAUCUAAAAGUAAUCCUGAUUAUAUUACCUAAUGGAUUACAUCACUUGCUAAAAUGUUAGUCAUUUAAUUUGGAAUCAUAACGGACUACACAUUUUAAGUAUCUUAAUCUACCCAGCACUGGUGUUCUAUAAUUCUGUCUGUAAGAGCUUUUGUAACCAAAAACUUAAAACUAACCUUUCAGAGAACGUUGCAGUGAGGUUUUAUUUUUUAAUUAUUUUUUGUUUUGGCGACAACAUAAAGUGAACCUAUAAUCUAGGCUAUAUACAGAACCUUUCCUACAGGUUAUUUUAAAGUAAACACAUUUUUCAUAACCAUGAACUACAUUUUGCUAAAUUACAUGACUAAUUAGUGUAAAAAAAAAAAAAAACAUUAAUCAGGUUGGUAUAAAACAGAAUAUAAUCUCACAGGGAGUCAUAUAUUCGUGACUGAGAUUAAAAUCUGCUCCGCACAGAAACAAAUCAAUUAAAGCGUCUGGAUCCACAGAUAAAAGAUUGUUGCGCUUGCGUCAAUUAACGCGCGUGACUCCACCAAUCAGAUGCGCCGUUAGGGCGCCCUCACGUAGUCCCCAAAGCAAACUGAUUGAUUUACGCAAAGUGUCCAGAUUCACAUCUCCAAUGUUAGACGUGUGAGUGGUUAAUACUGAUGAAGUGGAUGGAUCUCCGAAUAUCUCGCUCUAACACAAUUGGGUUGAAUAAAAGAUCUUUUGCCGAUCGAGAUAACUUCAUAAGAGUGUAUCUUUGAUGUUGUUCUCACACAAGGGGAUAUAUUCUGUAAGAGAUGGCUAUUAACACGGACGCGCCUCACGCGACACACGCCCUGGGCGAGAGAGCCGCGCUGCACUCCACCGAUUUUAGAGAUACUCAGAAACUUCUUGACAUCUCAGGCAAAGAGCUGAAAAGAGAAUUAAACCGCUCACCUUCGGACACAAUCCUCGUUAAGUAUCUCGAGGCGGAACAGACUGUGGUUAACGACGCUUCGGAGCCCCGCUCUCCGUCGCGUCUCAGUUUCAGACGCGCGUUGUCGCCCGAGCCCGGAGAACGCGAGCCGCGUAGCUUCAUGUGGGUGGCCGUGCUCUCCUGCUUCUGUCCGGCCGUUCCCAUAAACCUGUUCGCGCUUUAUUUCGCUCAUGUGUCUCGGUCCAUGAUACAAGUAAAAGAUUAUGAAGGAGCCAGAAGAGUUGGGCGUCUAGCUUUGUUGCUUAGUAUCGUUUCCAUUGUUGUGGGUCUAGCAAUAAUCCUUUAUCUGUUGAUGACAGAGUAUAAAUAGUUGGAUAUCCUAGAAAAUUGUGAGCAUUGACGUAAACAGGAAAAGAGAUGAAAACAAAGAAGACGGAUGAUGAAUGCCAUGUGAAAAAAGGGCUAGAAUAUCAGUUUAUAUUAUGCACAGUGUUAAAUUUGUUUCAUUCAUUCAUCCAUUCUUUCAUUCAAGGACCUGUUUAUUGAACUUUUUUUUCUAAACCAUCUUGAUGCCUUUCUGUUGCUGUCUUCGGGGUUUAAGGUAGCUUUUGCUUUAUCCAACAAUGCAUAGAUGACUUGUGACUUUUUGGAUUACUUUUUUGUCUUUUUAAAAUUAUGAUCUACAUGAAAUAUUACAAUCAACUGUUCAAAGAAAACAUAUUCUUAUGCCAAGUGAAAUCUAUAAUUGUUUUUUAUCGAUAUUACAGUACAAGUGCAUUAUAUUAUGCUAAUGAAUUACCCGUUGCAAUAACAAGAAUAUGACUUCUGUUCUGAGAAUGAGAAUUUGUUGUUAUUAUUUAUUUUUCUUGCAACUUAAUAAACUUUUAAUAAUGCUGGUGCAGUGGGGCUGGUGCAUACAAAAGCACAUAGUUGGUAUCAUUUUUGUAUGAUUGUAAUAUGUUGCAUUUUGUGUAAUCUGUCAUAGCUUAAAGAAUUAAUUCACCCAAAUAGGAAAAUUGUGCCGUCAUUUACUCACCAUCAUGUCAUUACAGACUCAUGACUUUGUUCUGUGGAACACAAAAGAAAAUAUUUAGAAAAUGUCUCUUUUUGUCCAUAGCAUGUCAAAUGGGUUCAAAUAUCUUCUUUUGUGUCCCACAGAAGAAACAAUCACACAGGUUUGGAACAACAUGAGGGUGAGUAAAUGAUGACAGAUUUGAUAUUCGUUUGGGCAAAACACUUAUUUUUGACAUUUCUUUUUAGAAAAGUAUUUUUCUUCCUUGUCAUUUUGAUUCAUAGCCUCUGGAAGUGUGGAGCAUCACAAGGAUGUAAUGCAGCGAGAAGGGCCUCAUCCUCGGUGUAGCAAAAAUAAAAAAACUCACAAGAGAUGAACAAGGACUAUAUUCAACCAAAAGGACAUGCAUGUCUAAAAAGAAGAGUACUGUACAAUAUUAUAUUUGAAUUGUGCAAAUUUGCCAUUUGCAAAUAUGGUGCCAUAUUUUUGCAUGUUAGAAAUUAAACCAAAC